AUGGUGUACUGUGGCCGCCCUUCCACCAGUUGCAAUAACUGUAGGGCCAAGAAACGACGAUGCGACAAGGCUCUCCCGGGAUGUGGACAGUGUCACCGUAUGGGACAGCAAUGCCCCGGCUAUCGAGACCCCACAAGUCUCAUUUUUCGAGACCAAAGUAGCCAGGUCAUCGACAAAGCGCGCGCGAGAAUCACGAAACGGGUCGCCUCCCGCGAGCAUACCCCAAGCGAGCAGGCUCGCUCUCAGAGUGCCGAGCUGCCGGUGCAACUGGCGGAGGGCAUGCUGAAUGAGGAUCCUCUAUUUUUUAAUUAUAAUCAGGAUAUUCUGGGGCGCAAUAUCCUACAGGUAGACAGCACUUCGCCCGAUAGUGACAGCGCAGGCCAGACGGUGCUGGGCAGCGGCAGUACAUUGUCGACCUGGCCCAGAAUAGGGAGCGAGAACUCAGGGGACGGAGAUGAGGCGGGCGAGGGAGACCCUAAUGGUCAGAGGGCAGUCCCCGCGCCGUUUGCCCUCCCACUCGACAUGAUCGCGUUGAACUACUUCCUGACGCACUACGUUGUGCGGCAGUCCCUUCCAUCCUCGGGCUUUCUAGAUUACAUACUCGGCAUUCUGUCAACGGAGGACGGUCAUGACAUCCUGGAGGGGGCCAUCCUAGCCGUAGGCUUUACCGGAUUGGCCCACAAUGCCCGCCAGGUAGGCCUGAUGAAUCGGUCGAGGGCCAUGUAUACCAGGACAAUCGAGCGAAUGAACCGAGCUUUGGCAGAUCCGCAGGCGGCACGCCGACAUAGCACGAUUGUCACCGUGCUGGUUCUCUCCCUGUAUGAAUUCAGCGAGUCCUCACUUGACGGCUGGGAGCGGCAUAUCGAGGGUGCCACCUCGCUGCUGACACUGCGGGGGAAGGCACAGUUCACCACCCCCAUCGGCCUCCAGAUAUUCAAGGACGUCUUUGGCCUUCUAUUGACCAACUGCCUGCGUAUGGGGAGGCCGAUCUCUUCAAGCCUCCGCAUGAUCCGUGCCGAAGCGGCCAAAGAAAUCAGUGCCUCAGACCCCUACUGGGUCGCCAGUAGCGGCCUCAUCGAAAUCAUGGAUCUCUACCGUCAGAUCUCUCCGGGGGGCUUCACCUUUAUAACCGAUAGCUCAACCGACCCCUCCGGGAACGGUGCUACGGAAACGGAGUUGCCUAUUGAUGAUCUAGAACGAUACCUCUCCCAAGCCUUGGAUAUUGACCACCGACUCGAGAGCCGAUUCUCAGAGUGCUCUCCGGAGUGGCAGUUCACCGUCGUGCAGGACACCACUCGGGACCCCACUCGUGUGCACGGUGACGUCUACCAUAGCUAUAAUGACGCCUCGGUGGCCGGCGUGUGGAACAAUAUGCGCGCCGGUCGUAUCCUAGCUAUCCACGCCAUUUGCCAUCUCCUCCUGCGAGGCGCCAAGUCAAAACCCAGCUGGUUCUUCUCCGGACACUACGCGGAUCAGCUGCAGCAGUUCAGCCGCACGAUGACAAACGUCCGUGAUGACAUCCUCGCCUCCGUGCCCCAGCUAACGAGCUAUUUCCCUUUCCCUGCCCAGAAGCAACUACAGCCACUAGGCCUGGGGCAGCCGGUCGAGGAGGCAACGAAGCUGAUGGAUCCCCUGACUUCCUCCACGAACAGCUCUUCCCCUGGCUUCCACCAAGCCACGUACAUGGGCUCCGCAGUCGGUGCGUAUUUCGCGAGCUGGAUACUCCUACUCGUCGGCUCAAUGCACAGUAACUCAGACGAAACGCGGCAGUGGAUUGUAAACCAGCUACGGCACAUCAGCUUGCAGUCAGGCCUCACGCAAGCCGACCUCUUUGCCGGUUACGUCGAGUCAAAUCAACUCCGCCCACCGCUGAGCACCUAAGAUGAAUGAACUCCCUGUGAACUGGCUGGCGUGUA